AUGGCAAGCUCAGAUGCACUAGAACACCCAUCUGCGGCUGUGUCGAACUCCGAUACAUUCAAAUGUUAUUUUCCUGGCUGUAACGCCAGCUACCGGCGCAAGGAGCACCUGCAUCGCCAUGAAGGAAAACAUCUCCGGCAGUCUUUCACAUGUUCCAACUGUGGUCGAGGAUUUGGACGAAGUGACACACUUCGACGCCAUGUUCGUCAACGUCAUGGAAUAAUUGAACCUCUCAAGCGUGCACAGCGAGCUUGUGAGAACUGCCACGCGGCUAAGUCUCGAUGCGAAGGAGGUGUACCUUGCGAUGAGUGUCGACGUCGUAAGAUCCAGUGCUCUUUCGACGACGACUCUACUGGUACGGCAGAAAAUCCAUCUCCCACCUCUGCAACACAACGCGCAUCGAGCGUGAAGCAUGAUCAGCCACGGUUACAGAAUGCAGAAAAGACGGAGCACUACAUACGUCUUUACUUUGAGACUUUUCACCUCUCUUGGCCAUUUAUUCACAAAGGGUCAUUCGAUGUACGUCAUGAAACGCCCUUUCUGAUUCAAUCAAUGAUUGUGAUAGGCCUGUGGGCUACCAGAGAGCAAUCUGCACAAUCAGCAGCAGUAGAGCUCCAUGGUAAACUCGACUUGGCCCUUCGAGAUCAAAAGGAGAAAUGGGAUGCCUCUGAGGCAAUUGAGGCUUGCAGUACCUGUGUCUGGCCAAUCGCAAUGUACCAGGCUAUCCUACUACAUAUCAUUUUCUCUUUCGUUAUCAGCAACCGGGCUGCUAUCGAUUUUGACCUCAAAAUCACCCUUCCCCCUGCUGAUUUGGGAUUACUCGAUGCUCUUGUCCGAAGUUGUCGAAAGCUAGGCAUGUUCUAUUAUCCGAACAUUCUUGCCAAAUAUGGAGAAACCGACUUGGAUUCUUUCAUCUGGGUUGGCAUCGAAGAAAUCAAACGAUUCAAUAUAGCCUUGUAUAAGGUUUGUGGAAAGGCAACCAGCUCUACUAUAAGAGACGGAAGCCGUGGUGAUAUCAAUGCAGUGCGGUCUUUGUUAACCGCAGGUGAACUUCAGUUCCCGCUGCCGAGCAAUUGCCUUUUGUGGAAUGCCGCUGGCAAAGAUCAAUGGACGGUUCUUGUGGGUGAUCAAAAGUUGGCUUUCUUAGACGAUUACUGCCAAGAGCACUGGAUAUCAAAUUCUGCAGAGGCAUUAGAUUUUUUCAUGUCAUAG